AUGCCACUCCCCAAACCUCUCCCUAUCACCGGCUUCGGCCUCCUAGGCAUGACAUGGCGCCCCAGCCCAACCCCAGACGAGCAAGCCUUCAGCGCUAUGAAAGUAGCCAUCUCCCACGGCGCCACCAUCUGGUCAUCCUCCUCCGUCUACGGCAUGCCCCCUCAGCCUCCCACAGCAGGCCUCCAGCUCCUACGCCGCUACUUCGACAAGUACCCUGAAGACGCCGAAAAAGUGACUCUCUUCAUCCGAGCCUGCUUAGACCCGGAAACCUUAUCCCCAACAUGCACACGCGCAGGCGUCCGUGCCAGCUUUGAUGAGUGUAGAAAUGUCCUGGGCGACUCCAAAAAGAUAGAUAUCUUUGGGCCAGCGCGCAUGGAUAAGAACGUGCCUGUGGAGGAAACGCUAGGGGCGUUGCGUGAGUUGAUGGACGAAGAAUUGAUCGGUGGGGUUGGGUUGUCGGAGGUGGGUGCACAUACCAUUCGCAAGGCGCACGCGAUGUGCCCGUUGAGUGUGGUCGAGGUGGAGUUUUCGUUGUGGAGUACGGAUAUCUUGGAGAAUGGAGUCACAGAGGCUUGUAAGGAGCUGGAUGUCCCCAUUCUGACGUAUGCGCCGCUCGGGUAUGGGUUUCUUACGGGGCAGAACUUCCCCAAGAACCUAGAACUGGUGGACAGAAUCAAUGACUUCGCCAGGCAGCGCGGCGUCACUCCCGCCCAGUUAGCCCUCGCCUGGAUCCGCGCUCACUCUAACUCUGGGCCCUACGGAACUAUCAUCCCCAUCCCUGGCGCGACAGCAGCUUCUCGUGUCGAAGAGAACUGCACGACGGUUCCGCUGGCAGCUGAGGAGAAAGAGCAGCUGGAUGCGAUUCUGAAGUCGUUUGAUGUUGUAGGGGAGCGACAGGUCGUGGGGAUGAGCUCUGAGUUGUGGGGUUGA